AUGCCGCAUACUCUCAGACACAUCAGGAUGUUCUCUAAACAUCCUUACCUCGCAAGUUUCGGUUCAAAGACAGCCAUCGAUGGCCCCUUUUGGGACAUCAGGCCGAUUGGCUCGAGCCUUAUCGACGAGACCUCUUUCCACGGCAUCCCAAUGAUUGUGAACCGUGCUAUGAAGAUGAAAGGUUCGUCGGUCUAG